GGAUAGCAUUCCCAAACCUAAUUGUACUGAUAUUCUUGCGUAAACAAUCGCCUUUGGUCACCGAGGUACGCUGGAUAAUUGCCCUGUUACGCCCCUCUGGCUCAGCUGGCUUCCCAGUUAGCUGUCAGUGGCUAGUGAGGCGUGCGUGUGUGGUAUAUGUGUUAUGGAGGCUACGGUGAGCCAGGUGAAUGAAUUAUCCGGAAGGAAGAGGGAAAAAGAAGAAAGGCUCAGCCGGCACUGCCAGCUCCCCGCCCGAAGGCGACGCACCCGACCAGGUGUCGCUGCAUAAGCGGAAUCUGUACUACUUUUCAUACCCGCUGCUGGCGGUGUUCGCGCUUUUGCGAGUCCUGGCCCUGCACUUGGGCAUCCUCUUCGCCUGGUUCCGUGAACGGUUGACCAGGAUCAUGGCGGCUAAAAACAAGUCGCCUGCAGCAGCGGCCGUCGGCAAAGAAUCCGAGGGUGACUGCGAGCGAGUUCGUAACUACCAUAAGCAGGCAUUUGAGUACAUCUCUGUAGCCCUGAGGAUCGAUGAAAAUGACAAAGGGCACAAAGAACAGGCUGUGCAGUGGUACAAGAAUGGCAUUGCAGAACUGGAGAAGGGAAUUGCUGUACAAGUUAGUGGACAAGGUGAGCAGUACGAACGAGCCAGAAGGCUGCAAGCUAAGAUGACCACCAAUUUGAUAAUGGCAAAGGAUCGCCUAGAACUUCUAGUUUUCUACAGGAAUAAAUUGUGGUGUGAGGAAAACAUAUCUAAAACAGCAAAGCUGCGACCAGGUUCUGGUGUUUCUGAGCCCCAGAGAGACAUCUAUAAAGAGAAUAUAAACCAGCCCUACCAUAAUGGAUACCUCCAUUCAGAAAGUGGAGCAAUUCCCAAAAAGAAGGAUCCUUUAAUCCACUCCAGCCACUCGCUCCCACGAUCAAAAAAUGUACCAAAAAAUACAUCUACAGGACUUCCUGGUCAUCAUCGCUCGCCCAGCUACAGUGGCCCAUCCUCAAACACUUCCAGGUCACCAGCACAGCCUUCCAGUGCUAGCAAGGGCCCUGUAGCGAAAGCAGUCAACAGACCAAACAACAAACCUCCGACUCCAACAGCUGUUCCUCGUAGAAAGAAGGAUUUGAGGAAUUUCAAGAAUGUGGAUAGCAAGCUAGCUAACCUGAUCCUUAAUGAAAUAGUGGAUAGUGGAGCAUCUGUCCGGUUUGAUGACAUUGCAGGACAGGACCUUGCCAAGCAGGCACUUCAGGAAAUUGUCAUCCUUCCUGCUCUUAGACCAGAAUUGUUUACAGGACUCCGGGCUCCUGCUCGUGGACUACUGCUCUUCGGUCCUCCGGGAAACGGAAAAACUAUGCUGGCCAAAGCUGUAGCCAUGGAAUCCAAUGCUACAUUUUUUAACAUAAGUGCUGCCAGCUUGACUUCCAAAUAUGUGGGAGAAGGGGAAAAGCUAGUGAGAGCACUCUUUGCAGUAGCUAGAGAGCUUCAGCCCUCCAUUAUUUUCAUUGAUGAAAUUGAUAGCCUUUUAUGUGAGAGAAGAGAAGGUGAACACGAUGCAAGUCGACGAUUAAAAACUGAAUUUUUAAUAGAAUUUGAUGGGGUUCAGUCCAUUGGAGAUGACAGAGUUUUGGUAAUGGGAGCAACUAAUAGACCUCAGGAAUUGGAUGAGGCUGUACUCAGGCGAUUUGCAAAAAGGGUGUAUGUGGCUUUGCCAAGUGAAGAGACCCGUUUUAAGCUACUGAAAAACCUCCUUGGCAAACACGGAAACCCACUAAGCCAAAAAGAACUGGUACAAUUAUCCAGAAUGGCAGAGGGUUAUUCAGGGAGCGACCUAACUGCAUUAGCAAAAGAUGCUGCUCUGGGUCCUAUUAGAGAACUCAAACCAGAACAAGUUAAGAACAUGUCUGCUAACGAGAUGAGAAAUAUAAAGUUGCGCGAUUUUGUGGAAUCCCUGAAGAAAAUAAAGCACAGCGUCAGCCCGCAGACCUUGGAUGCUUUUGUCCGAUGGAAUAAGGAUUAUGGAGACACCACGGCGAUCUGAAACGGUGCGCUGUCCUAGUCUGGGGAAGCACGACAGACUUGCCAGGAAUAAAUAAGGGAAGGAGAAACUUUUCUGUCUGUCAGGGAAGGGCAACUGGUAUCGGACAUUCAAGUGUGCUUCUUCUGAAUCUUGUGCACUCAAUCCUGUGAAACCAUUGAAAUUUGCUUUAAAAAUGGAGCAGUAAAGACAUUAUCAAUGUAUAGCUUAAUCUGCCUUUUAAAGACCUGGAUCAUAAUAUGAGUUAUGAAACUGGUCUUUUUAUAGACAGAUAAGUUCUCUGUGAAGAGGUGGACUUCCCAAUUAUGACAACACUGCCUUUACACCUCAAAAUCCAGGGUUCUGCCUUCAAGCACUUCUAUUACAGCUAAAAUAAAUUAAACAAAAAGGAAAGCAUGAGGUACACUGAGAUGCAACUUGUCAUUUGUAUAUAGUGUAAGCAUUCCAGUAAGUUUAAUAUAUAAUCUGUAUGGCUAUAGGUAGGAACACCUGUGCCUUAAGCUAAAACAUUAAUCCAUAGAUUGACGAAAAAGAAAAGUUAAACUCAAGUGUUAUUAGUUUGCUGUGCCAAACGUAGCAUUGUGUUUGUGCAUGUGUGUGUGUGUGAGAGGGGGGUGGGG